AUGGGGUUCGGGGAAAAGUGGAGGAAGUGGAUGGAGAUGUUGGUUUUUUCUAGUAACAUGUCGGUUCUAGUAAAUGGAAGUCCAACUAAGGAGUUCAAGGUGCAUAAAGGCUUACGGCAAGGUGAUCCUCUUUCACCUUUUCUUUUUGUUUUAGUAGUGGAAGGUCUUUCGGGUCUUGUGAAGAAGUCCAUUCAAUUGGGUGAAUUUCAAAACUACUCCUUCAAUGCUAAUUGCAAAGUGGAUAUUCUCCAAUUUGCGGACGACACGUUACUUGUGGGGGAAGGAAGUUGGAAACAUUUGUGGGCGGUUCGAGCGGUUCUCCGGGCUUUCGAAAUAGUCUCGGGUCUCGGUAUUAAUUAUAAUAAAAGCAAGUUGAUUGGUAUUAAUACUAAUGAGCACUUUUUGGAGGCGGCUUCCAAUUUUCUUUCUUGUAAGGUGGAGGAGAGUAACUUUUACUUUUUGGGCAUUCCUAUUGGAUUUAAUCCAAGAAAGGAAGCUACUUGGAAACCUCUUUUGUUAAAAAUGAGGAAUCGUUUGGAAGGAUGGUCUAAUCGGUUUUUGAAUUUGGGAGGUAGAAUUACUCUUCUUAAAUCGGUGCUUAGUUCUUUAUGCAUAUUUACUAUGUCGUUUUACAAGAUGCCGAAGAAGGUGGUGAAGUUGUUCACUAGUGUUCAAAGUAGAUUUUUAUGGGGCGACAUGGAAGAUAAAAGAUUUUUGAGAGAGGCUUUUCCGGAUUUAUUUUUUGCUUCUCGCCUUAAAAAGGUGUCGGUGGCGGCAAUGGGAGGGUGGUUGGAGUAUGAAUGGAGGUGGGGGGAUUUAGGUCUUCCCGGUUCCGUGAUGGAUGAUUCGGCCCUUAGGGGCUUUUUGUUGUCUUUAAAGAACCGCUUGAAGAAUUUCAAUGGUUGGUCGGUAGGCAAGGAUACCGUGGUUUGGAAUGGUAAUGUGGAGAGAGAGUUCUCGGUUGCAUCUUGUUAUGAGCAAUACGAAAAGUCUUUCAUUCCUUAUGGUCCCCAAGUUAAACACGCGGAAGUUUUUGAUCUUUUAUGGGUUAUGGAUGCUCCUUUCAAAAUAAAGGCUUUUGGUUGGAGGUUAUUUCACAAUAGGCUCCCUACGAAGGACCUCUUGGAGAAUCGAGGUAUGUCUUUACCCUCGGAGGAUUUAAAGUGCAUUUUUUGUGGCAUUAGUAAGGAGAAUAGGGAUCAUUUGUUUUUUGGUUGUUUGGUGGUGAAAAAUAUUUGGAAUGAUAUAGCGUUUUGGGUGGGUAAAGGGGUUUGUUACGAAGAAGAGUGCUUAUCGAGUUUUAUGGAUUGGCACAUGUUCUUCCAUAGUAAAUUGGUGUUGGAUAGAAAAUCGAAUAUUAUAUGGUUUGCAACAACUUGGUGCCUUUGGUUGGUUAGGAACGGGGUUUGUUUUCGUAAAGAAGCUUGGAGUGUUAACAACGUUGUUUGGAACAUUAAGUUGUUAGCUUGGAGAUGGUCUUUUUGUGGAAAAAUUACUCAACCCAAUUAUUCUUUCUACGAGUUUAGUAAGGAACCGUUGUACUAUAUCUCGUAA